UAUGGCGAAAAAAUGGUUAAGAAUUGAAGAAGAUAAUUUAAAGUGUGUUAUUUGUCAAAAAUUAGGGAUUGAUAAGGAUCCACGAUUACUAUCUUGCGGUGAUACAUUCUGUUCGAGUUGUUUACAGAAUUUUGCUAAUUCUAACGAAUGCGAUAAUCUAUUUACCUGCCCAAAAUGUAAAGAGGAUAUUAAAUGGCCAGAAAAUGGUAUUGAUGGUAUUCCUAAAAAUAAUCUAUUCCAGUAUUUGGAACAAGUUGAUUCCAAGACGGAUUGGUCAGGAUUUAAAAAUGAGAGUAAUAUGAUCAAGUUUUGGAAUGAAAGCGAAGGUAACAUUAUUAAAGAUGUUAAGAAUGGUAUAGAAGAAUUGUCAGAUAAUAUACAUAAUAAGGAACAAGAACUUUUAAAAAGUAUUCAAGAAACGUACAAGUCAUUCAAGAGGAAAUGGCGUGAGAAUCAGGCCUAUUUACACUCUCUUACAUUGACCCCAAUAGACUUUGAAGGUGACGGUGAGAAGCUCUUCGAAGAAGUUUUAUGGAACAACUACAAACUAGAGCAUACACAAAUCACAUUUACAUACGAAUUAAACCUUAAUCCUAAGUUUUAUUUACUAAGGUCAAUGGAGGAGGGAACUCCUAUGAAUAUAACGUCUUGUAACGAAACGAAAAGAGCUGUUGAUCAAGAUAAUUGUAUAAUUUACGAAGAUGAUCUAAUAUACGAGAAGAAUAAGAAUGAAUUAUUUGAAUAUUCAUGUAAAGAAUCAGGUUCAUCAAUAACGAAAAUUCCAUUAAAGUCGUCAAAUGCUCUAUUCGCCGUUCAUAAAGGGGUCAUUUAUCAAAUAUAUUGGAGAGAAAGUGGAAAAAAUACAUCUGUUAGGAAAGAUAGCGGAAUCGAAACUUCUAGAUUUCAAAAUCUCUUAUCAUCAGUUGCUCAAGACGCUAGUCAAUUAUUAAAUAGAAAAAAUUCAAAGAAAGAUGGCACCACUCAGAGUAUUGGCGAACAUACAUCGUCCGAUAGAAUAUCUAUCGAGAAAUAUGUAAGGAAGGAAUGGCGAAAAAUUGGUGAAAUUCAACAAGAUCAAUCAACCAAUGGAAAAUCUGCUCUAUUCGCUAUUGGUCCAAAAGUAUUAAUUGUAGUAGAAGCUGGUAAAGUUUAUUGUUUUCCUAUUGAUAGUGAUGAUGGUGAGAGUAAAAAAUGGGAAAUUGCCAUUAAACACAACUACGAUAGGGUUAUCUACAUACAAAUUAUAGUUGAUUGUAUAUAUUUGAUUUUAGAGAAAGGAGAAGAGAAUAUAAAAGAUAAUUUCUUAUUGAAAUAUUCAACUUCCGGUUGUCUUUUACUUAUGCAUAGACUAAAAUUAGAAAAUUUCAAUUAUAGAAAUUGUUUUAUAUUGCCAAGUGAGAAUAUUAUAUUAUUAAAAGAGAAAACCGUAAAGAUUAUAUCACCAUUUGGAAAAGAGUUGGAUGAAAAACGUUUGGAAAAUCUUACAGGUAAAUUUGAUAAUCCAGUAUGGUUAAAGGUUAUAUGGACAUUAAAAGAAGUAUAUAUUUAUGGUGUUUUUAAACAUAAUGAUACCAGCUUUAUAGGAUUGAUGAAGUUGUAUGGUUAA